UGAGCACCCCCCCUUCUAGAUUUUUGCAUAGCCUCACACUAAACGGUGAUCCAUAGGGUUUAGGUGAACUGCCUUUGAUGGCUGGUGGCUACUAGGCCUGGUGCUCUUCUAACACCAAAAUACCCAUUGUCUUUAGAAAUUAGCUUUCGUGCAGAAAGUAAAGGAACAAGGGCAACCCCACCCACCCCACUUAGAACAUAGAAAACUGCCUUAUACCAAGUCAGAACAUUUGUCCAUGUCUUCUUUUCCUUCUUUGGCGAUCCCUCGUAGCCGCAUAAGAUUGUCUUCCAUAAACACGGCCUUAACAGUGAGUCCGUAAGUGACUGUGGAGGCGAAUUCUGGAUCCACACGUCCUUCCACAGUGGGGACAUUGGUUCCCAGGCAGGAGUUGAUCACGGUGUGGAUUUGCCAAGUGUGCCUUCCUCUUAGCACGCUUCUCCCUUGCGUCCUGAGUUCGAGUGUCUUAAAAGCCCACGACACCUUUGGUCAAGGCUGUUCUCCAACUGGAGCACUCACAGACCAGUGUUUCCCAGUUGUCAGUGUUUAUACUACAUUUUUAAAGAUUUGCCUUGAGAGAGUCUUUAAACCUCUUUUGUUGACCACCAGCAUUACGCUUUCCCUUUUUAAGUUUGGAAUAGAGUAGAUGCUUUGGAAGACGAUCAUCAGGCAUCCGCACAACACGACCAGUCCAACGAAGUUGAUGUUGAAGAAUCACCGCUUCAACACUGGUGAUCUCCUUGAUAAAAGAGUUCUGUGAAACCCUAAAGUCUGCACUUGCCUACAGCAGCCCAAGUUGGUCUGAUCAAAGCAAUCGUUCUGCAAUCUGCGACUCCACGAGGAGCUGAAUCUUUACUUCUCAGUCGUCGCACAGGGAAGCGAAACCAGCCCCGUCCUUCUACUUUUAAACACCAGAUUGGUGUCUGGCUCCCGUACUGAAAGGACGACAUCGUAUCAGGGCAUGUGCAUUGCUGCUGUGCAACCCCAGGCUGGGACAGCUUAGGUAGCUGGUUUAUACAAAGUCAGGUAUGAUGGCAGCCAAUUCAGUCGCUCUUGGUUUCUUCUGCAUGAGUUUUUUCUGGUUGCUGGUUCGUCCCGAAGAUCCCUGGAGGCAGCAGCAGGCCAAGGUGGAGAACUCUAGGUCCUGUCCUUGGCGCUGCAUGAGCUUUGUCCAGAUGUGGCCUGGAACCUUCUGCAUAGCUCUGGGAAGGAGGUUUGAGUGCGUCCUGCCGAAAGACGCAAACAACUGGACUAUUCAUGGAUUAUGGCCCAGCAACAUCAUGGGCUGCUGCCCAUAUAGAUACCUCUUCCCCUCCGACCUGGUGGACUUGACGUCUGAACUGAACGAGCACUGGCCAUCCUUCAUCAACCUGAGCAACUUCCAGUUCUGGGACAAAGAGUGGCAGAAACACGGGAGCUGCGCCGGCUGCGUGGAAGCGCUGAGCUCUCCCGAAAAAUACUUCCGAGCCGCCCUCUUCCUGCGCACAAAAUAUAACAUCGACAGCGCCUUUCAAAGAGCCGCCAUCAUCCCAUCUUGUAUCCAGAGCUACCAGCUCAGCACCUUCAUGACUGUGUUGCGGCCGGUCCUGGGAGACCAAUAUGAACUCCAGUGCGUGACUGACGUCCAGGGGCGUCAAAUAUUGGUGCAAAUAAAGGUUUCGCUCCACAGCAAUUUCUCCUCCAGCUGCAUCGAAGACUCCGACUACAACAUCUCCCCUUAUAAGCCCUGCAGGAGCGAGAGGACGGUUUUCUAUUUUCCCACCAGCCAGACGUUCCCACGCAACCCCUGCCCCUGACUCCAGGCAGGCAGAGAUGUGAAUUCUGCAAGGCGGAAAAAAGGCUAGAAGCAGCUAAAAUCAAAAUAAAAACUUUAGGAAUGGA